CGGGCGCAGGCCUGUUGCUGAGCGCCUUCUUCUCAGGGCGGCUGGGGUAACCGAGCCCUGGUAGUUCCUUCGGCCCGGUCGGUGUGUUAAGGCUGUGGUUUCUAAGGUUCCUCCUCAGAGCCUCCAGCCCGCCUCCCUGGCGCGGCCACAGCAGCACAGGCUAGCCUGCUCUCUCCAGUCUUCAGUCCCCAUAGUCCAUCCUCAAGCCCCGCUUGGAAAGGGUUCAGUUAGAAAUCUCCCUUUUCCCUGCUCCCCCGAAGAGCCCUGGUCGGCCAGUGUUUUAGGGGUGGAGGGUGCUGCGAGGAGGCCAGGCGCGCUUCCGUGCACGUGAAAUGCCCAGCAGCGUCUGCCAGACCCGCAACCCCCGACCCUCCAGUCUCCAUGUCUUAGGCAAGCCAAAUUCGAGAGUUAUAUAAUUUCUAGUGCUGCUGUUUCUCUUGCCCGAGGAAACACUUCAUCGCUUGGAGGGUGCAGGACAUUUCGGUGCUCUUCUGUAUAAGAUCGGGGUGUGGGCAGGGGUGGCCAGCGGUGGCAGAGAAAUGUCUUUUCUGCAAAAGGAAGGUGGGUAGAUGGGAGAGAGACUGAGAAAGGGUGGAUGUGGAAGCCAAACAGCUGCACUCUCAUUUAGGAAAUCGCGGACUAUUUGCAUAGUGUGUGAUUGCAUGCCUAAUACUACUACAGCGUCUCUGAAAACACCUUUUGGGGAAGGUUUGGUUUCUCCUUUCCAGCAGCCUCAGUGUUUUUCCUCGCCGGAUAGGAAGCUGCUUGUUUGCGAAGAGAUGGCAUGAUGUGAAUGACUCCAGUGUGAAGAAGUCUGCUUCGCCAAAUCAUCCUGCAUCAAGUGCCCAUUGAAUAGCACUGUCACUUUAAUGUCUCCAUGCCAAGGGAUUGCUUUCCUUCUUUUCAAUCCUCUCAGUUAAUACACAGGAGGAUCAGAAUCUGAGGGGCAUUAAGGAUCAAGGCUUGGGGGCUUGGAGAGCACAGAAGAAAAAUAGGAAAGUGACAAGCUGGAUCGUGUUUUACUGAGGGGGCGAGAAACAGAACCAGUAAAUAGAAGGGGCCUUUGAAUCUCUCUUUUGCCCCCAGAAAACUGUCCAAACUCACACACCCCUGAAAAGACUAGAGUAAGACGUUUUUAAAAGUAUUUUUGAAGGGGAAGUUUAAACUUUUUCCUAAAAAUUGAUGCUCUUUAUUACGAACCAUCUCGAACAUGUAUAAAUUAAUAAGUCAACCGUCCUAAAAUUGGUUUGUGCCUUAAUUGAGUUAGUUAUUGAACAUCUAAAAGUGUUGCUGCCUGAAGAGGAGUUUUAGUAACAUUUUCUAUGCGUACGAUAACUUUCUCAGCUUUUAAAACAAGAAUAUAUAUUUUACAAAAAUUGAAAAACUUGCUAUUUUUUUUCUUUGAAGACCUUGGGCAGUGUAAUGUUUGGUUGUGGAGAAAGGCAUCAUUUUUUUCUUUAUUUGAAAUAGAAGACUCAGCCUGGAUAUCAAGGCUGAACGGUGAAGAGAUUUGCAACAGUUAACCUGGUUCCAUCUCCAUUCAGCUGGAUCAAGCAGAGACUGAAACUCAGAGAUCUUGAGUCCAGAGUCAGUGGAGAGACCCAAGAAUGCCAGUCAAGAAGAAAGAUACUGACCGAGCUUUGUUAUUACUGGAGGAAUACUGCAAAAAAUUAAGAAAGCCCGAGGAGCAGCUGUUGAAAAAUGCUGUGAAAAAGGUGAUGAGUAUUUUCAAGAGCAGCUUAUUUCAAGCCUUACUGGAUAUUCAAGAAUUUUAUGAGGUAACGCUAUUAAAUUCUCAAAAAAGUUGUGAGCAGAAGAUAGAAGAAGCCAAUCACGUGGCACAGAAAUGGGAGAAGACUCUCCUCCUUGAUUCAUGUCGUGACAGUCUUCAAAAAUCCUCAGAGCAUACAGGUUGCAGUGGACCAAAGGAAAGUGCUUUAUACAUUGAGCAAAAUAAAGAAAACCAGUGUUCUGAGAAUGAAACUGAAGAAAAGACAUAUCAAAACCAAGGCAAAUGCCCAGCCCAGAACUGUUCAGUGGAAGCCCCUACCUGGAUGCCUGUCCAUCACUGUACUAAGUAUCGAUACCAAGAUGAGGACGGUCCACAUGAUCAUUCCUUACCUCGGCUAACUCAUGAAGUAAGAGGUCCAGAACUUGUGCAUGUGUCGGAAAAGAACCUCUCUCAAAUAGAAAAUGUCCACGGAUAUGUCUUACAGUCUCACAUUUCUCCUCUGAAGGCUAGCCCUGCUCCUAUAAUUGUCAACACAGACACUUUGGACACUAUUCCUUAUGUCAAUGGAACAGAAAUUGAAUAUGAAUUUGAAGAAAUUACAUUGGAGAGGGGAAAUUCAGGCCUGGGAUUCAGUAUUGCUGGAGGGACAGAUAAUCCCCACAUUGGAGAUGACCCUGGCAUAUUUAUUACGAAGAUUAUUCCAGGAGGUGCUGCGGCAGAGGAUGGCAGACUCAGGGUCAACGACUGUAUCUUGCGGGUGAAUGAAGUUGAUGUGUCAGAGGUUUCCCACAGUAAAGCAGUGGAAGCCCUCAAGGAAGCCGGCUCUAUUGUGCGGCUGUACGUGCGCAGAAGGCGACCCAUAUUGGAGACUGUCGUGGAAAUCAAACUUUUUAAAGGUCCAAAAGGUUUAGGCUUCAGUAUUGCUGGAGGGGUGGGGAACCAGCACAUUCCUGGAGACAACAGCAUCUAUGUAACAAAAAUUAUAGAUGGUGGAGCUGCACAGAAAGAUGGAAGGUUGCAAGUAGGAGACAGACUGCUAAUGGUAAAUAACUAUAGUUUAGAAGAAGUUACACACGAAGAGGCUGUAGCGAUAUUGAAGAACACAUCUGAUGUUGUUUAUCUAAAAGUUGGCAAACCCACCACUAUUUAUAUGACUGAUCCUUAUGGGCCACCGGAUAUUACUCACUCUUAUUCUCCACCGAUGGAAAAUCAUCUACUGUCUGGUAACAAUGGCACAUUAGAAUACAAAACUUCCCUGCCGCCCAUCUCUCCAGGAAGGUACUCACCAAUUCCAAAGCACAUGCUGGUUGAAGAUGACUACACCAGGCCGCCGGAACCUGUUUACAGCACUGUGAAUAAACUGUGUGAUAAGCCUGCUUCUCCCAGGCACUAUUCCCCUGUUGAGUGUGACAAAAGCUUCCUUCUCUCAACUCCCUACCCCCACUACCACCUAGGCCUGCUCCCUGACUCUGACAUGACCAGUCAUUCCCAGCACAGUACUGCAACUCGCCAGCCUUCAGUGACUCUCCAACGGGCCAUCUCCCUGGAAGGGGAGCCCCGCAAGGUAGUCCUUCACAAAGGCUCCACUGGCCUGGGCUUCAACAUUGUGGGCGGGGAAGAUGGAGAAGGUAUUUUUGUAUCCUUCAUUCUGGCCGGUGGACCAGCAGACCUGAGUGGGGAGCUCCAGAGAGGAGACCAGAUCUUGUCGGUGAAUGGAAUCGAUCUUCGAGGAGCAUCCCACGAGCAGGCAGCUGCAGCACUGAAGGGGGCUGGACAGACUGUGACAAUCAUAGCACAAUAUCAACCUGAAGAUUACGCUCGAUUUGAGGCCAAAAUCCAUGACCUACGAGAGCAGAUGAUGAACCACAGCAUGAGCUCCGGGUCCGGGUCCCUUCGAACCAAUCAGAAACGCUCCCUGUAUGUCAGAGCCAUGUUUGACUAUGACAAGAGCAAGGACAGUGGGCUGCCUAGCCAAGGACUUAGUUUUAAAUAUGGAGACAUCCUCCAUGUCAUCAACGCCUCCGAUGAUGAGUGGUGGCAAGCCAGAAGGGUCACACUAGAUGGGGACAGCGAGGAGAUGGGCGUCAUUCCCAGCAAGCGGAGGGUGGAAAGAAAGGAGCGUGCCCGAUUGAAGACAGUGAAGUUCAAUGCAAAACCUGGCGUGAUUGAUUCCAAAGGGUCAUUCAAUGACAAGCGUAAAAAGAGCUUCAUCUUUUCACGAAAAUUCCCAUUCUACAAGAACAAGGAGCAGAGUGAGCAGGAAACCAGUGAUCCUGAACGAGGACAAGAAGAUCUCAUUCUUUCCUAUGAACCUGUCACGAGGCAGGAAAUAAACUACACCCGGCCAGUGAUUAUCCUGGGCCCCAUGAAGGAUCGAAUCAAUGAUGACUUGAUAUCUGAAUUUCCUGAUAAAUUUGGCUCCUGUGUGCCUCAUACUACGAGGCCAAAGCGUGACUACGAAGUCGACGGCAGAGACUAUCACUUUGUCAUUUCUAGAGAACAAAUGGAGAAAGAUAUCCAAGAGCACAAAUUCAUAGAAGCUGGCCAGUACAAUGACAAUUUAUACGGAACCAGUGUGCAGUCUGUGAGAUUUGUAGCAGAAAGGGGCAAGCACUGUAUACUUGAUGUAUCAGGAAAUGCUAUUAAACGGUUACAAGUCGCCCAGCUCUAUCCCAUUGCCAUCUUCAUAAAGCCCAAGUCUCUGGAACCUCUGAUGGAGAUGAAUAAGCGUCUGACAGAGGAACAAGCCAAGAAAACUUAUGACCGGGCAAUUAAACUAGAACAAGAAUUUGGAGAAUAUUUUACAGCUAUUGUCCAAGGAGAUACCUUAGAAGAUAUUUACAACCAAUGCAAGCUUGUUAUUGAAGAGCAGUCUGGACCUUUCAUCUGGAUUCCCUCAAAGGAGAAGUUAUAAAUUAGCUACUGCACCUCUGACAACGACAGAAGAGCAUUUAGAAGAACAAAAUAUAUAUAAUCUAACACUUGGAGGCUUUUAUGUUUUUGUUGCAUUUAUGUUUUUGCAGUCAAUGUGAAUCCUUAUGAAUGUACAACACAAACUGUGUGAAGCCAUGAAGGAAACAGAGGGGCCGAAGGGUGGGACGGAAAAGACAUCACAGUAUGCAGGAAGGCUUGGGUUUGCUCAAAGUACCAGGUAUAGGGAUGAACCUCUGAUGGGCUCUCUGCCCUAGAGAUGGGCAGCCUUCUCACCCCAGCCGAUGUCCAGAGCCGAUUUAGCUGCUGAGCUCUCUGUGUUUGCUUUAAGAAAAGUUGCCAGCACUUGAACCUCACCAACCUACCCCUUACCCACCUCUGUAAUUGGUACACUUCGAAUUUUAUAACUAUGCACAUCCUUUGAUUUGCUAACAAGCAAAGGAAAUAGGGAAAACAGAAAGGAGUCCCUUUGGAGACGACAUACUAUCAGGGGAGGAUGAUUGCUUAGUUUCCUUAGCUGGCAUGAGCAAAGACAAGUGUGUCCUGAGUGGAGGACUAACCUUACAGAGAAGGAGAUUCCACCUGGCCUAGCUUUAUGACUGUCAAUUGUCUAUUUUGCCAUUUAUAAGCUGAAAGAAGGCACUAAAGAUGAGAAUAAUUUAUACAAUAAAUAUAUUAAAUGUAUAGAAAUGAAUUUCUAUAGGUUAAAAAGUUUUGUGAAAUAUUUUGUAACGACUAAAAAACAUUGAAAGACUAAAUGUACGCACUCUCAGCAGAUGAUCAAAUUCAAGAAUUUGAGGCUGCACUCUCCCUUUUGUUGCCAAUGAUCCAUUCAGAGCAUCUGAGUUCCCUCCAGGUCUGACAAAGACUUCCCUUUCACUCCCCUCCCACACUGCCCAUGCACACUAGCACACUAGUGAUACACUCUUACGGAACACACUCCUUAAUAAAUUACCCUCAUGGAUAGUUUUGGAAGAGAUUUUUUGUUACAAUUCUCUAAGCCCAUGGCUUUUCAGAUACAAACUCAUGCAAAUAAUUGAAAGGGAAAGAUUGCUUUCCUCUAGUUAAAUAGCCUGAGCCAACCACUCAGAUAGUCAAAUAACAUUGUUCCUAGUUACUUGCAUACAGUUCAAGAACUAUUCAGUAUUCUGGCAAACCAUAAGUCAUUAGAAUUAUCUUUUCUUUGUUUCACAGAGCAAUUGAAGUGUUUUGUAACAGCCCUAGUUGGCAUUAUAGGGGGGAGAUCUGUCCUAAGAUGCACUAUUUCUCUGAGGAAGAGAAAAAAGAGAAGUUAUCUAGUUGGGAGUGGUGAGGGACGCACUUUGUUUCAGUAUAGAGGGCAAAGAGAACCACAAGAAAAGGACGAUUUAUGGCUUUGAGCUCAACCAAUUGAAUUGCCUUCCUUAGGGCUGCACCUGGACCAAGUUUAUUUUUCUAACAAUUAUACUAAUAACGAUUUUAAAAGAGAAACCUCCCAAAGCCUAUAAGCUGAAACACAAGAGUUAGCUUCCCAUUUUAGCGCUGAUGGUGUCAUCAGCCCUGGUUCUGCCCCAGGUGUUCAGAGAGAGACUUUUUAGUAUUAUUAAUAACCACUCAAGUCUGGGUUCUAUGCAUGCCCAGAUUAAGCCCCAUCGCCUUAUUUCUGGGGUACAUCAAGACCUGGCAGGGAUUCUGCCACACUGUGCAGUCAACCAGCCCAUAGGCUGGAGUAUAAGAACAAAAGACAGAGCCAUCAAAGUGAUGGGGCUUCUUCUAAGUUAGACCAUCAGAGCUUAAAACUGAGAGUCUCUUUCCAAAAUCAACGGUCAUUCAUCCUUUACUAACUAACCAUCUGCCCAGCUGCAGUCACCCAAAGAAAGGUUAAAAACAAAAGUAAGCAUCUACCUAUAGUCUUGAGGCCGCCUUUGCCAAAUGAAGAGGUACCAAGCAGUCAUAUGUAUUUUUUUCCCCUCAAUUUUCUAGAGAUAGCCUUAGAGGACUCAAAAUGCUAAAAAGACGUGUCCAUGUCUGCAACUCACCAGUUUCAGGUCACGGCCAACUUCCAUCAAUAUAGCUCUCAGAAGUUUUCUGCCACUAGAAUGCCAUUCCUGAUCCCAGCUCUCUUUAUAGGCCACCAUGAUGACUUCUUUGGUUUCUCCACUGAGCAUGCAACCAUUUACCUUAGAGGACUGUCAUUAAUGAGUAGAUGUUUUCUCUAGUUGUGUGACGUGCUUUCCAUUUGAUAGUAUUGCGUGGCUGAGUACAAUCCAAUUGAACCACAAACCAUUGGUUUUUGUAGUAAUAUAAUUAUUUAUUUUCCCAGUAUAGAUGCUUCUGGAUUAGCAUUAGCACUGAUUUUUUAUGUAGAUUUAUAUAAAUAUAAAUACAUAUAUAUUUGCUUGACGAAUCACCAAGCACAUUGGUGAGAGGGUCUUUUCCUAUAGAAUUCACUCAUCCGUUUUGUUGUGUUGUCCUGAGCUUCCCAAUGUUGAGGUCUCUAUGGCUCCAAAGAACUGGUGUAUUUUGCAGCAAAUCCAAUGGCAUAUAUGGAAAUGGCAUGAGAGUCACCCAGAUCACAUCUGGUGCAAAUGCACCUGGAGCCUCAGGCCAGACUGGUGCUAACACUGCAAACUUUGUCCGGAGCUCUCUCCAAUCUGAAGGCUCGCUGGGGGCACAGUGUCACCUUCACAUGCUGGGCCCUUUCGGAAAAGUGCCAGAUCGUGUCACUGGUGCUAUUUUUCAUGCUCUGGUACAAUGUGUAGCACCAUGGGGGUCUCAGCUUUACCAAAACCGAAAUCCCACCUGUCAGUCAGUUAUUGCUGAGGCAUUUGCUUAUUGCUCUUUUCCAUGAGAUAUGAUGGCCUAUUCUUUGAAGGCCCUUUCUCCCAGACCCAAAUUCAGGGGUUGGCUCUAUCCAUUUUGCAAGCCCAUCUAGGUGAAGCUGCACUUGGGUGCCUCUGUGAGCUGUCUUAGACCCUACUGCCAGCCCUUCAGGACGGAGUCAGCGGAUGCUCUGUAUACCUCUGGCUCUCAUCUAUUUCUCCUCAUUUCUCCCACUCAUCUCCUCUCAUCACCUGUCAUUUUGACCCUCUCUUAUCCUUCCUGGGUUUUUUAACUUGCCCCUCUUCUCUCCUAUGUCUUUCUCUAUCCAUCUCCCACUUCUCCAUCUCCCAUUCCCCUUAUUAGUCCUUCCUCCCAGACCUGACGGCCCUCUUUUCUCCUCUCACAUAGUUCUGAUCAUCAGUACAUCCCGCUCCUAAGUUUCCUUGUCCUAUAAAGGGCUCACGGCUGAUUCAGACAGCAAGUCCAUACGAUGGACUCAUGACACAAAUACUUGGGGGUCACCAUUUUACUCACUCAGCCCAGAAAGAAAAGCUGAGUGUGAGGCCCUGCCCUGGAGCCAGCCUGCACCACUGCCUCAGCAGUGCUGAUGCAAGAGCUGUGGGCCCCCUAGCACCUGGAAGCCUCCGCCUGGACCUUCUCCAGGAACUCAUUCCCAGCACCGCCCAGGUUGAGGAUGCUUCCUUUCAACAGAGGCAAACUCUGGCCCCAACAACAAUUCUAACGAACCUCACUGAAGCCAUGACACCGCCCUGAUUUGGAGAGAGAUUUUUUUCCCCCUCUAUAUUAUUCUUCCCGUUUCCAUGUGAAGCCCCUCAGCUUUUCAGCUGGUGAUUGCUCUGGUGAGACUGAAUGGACUUGCUAGUGAAAUGACAUCUUUUUUUCCUGUCUUGGUCCUGCCUAAAAUUCCUACACAAAAGCAUUUAAGUCAAGGACUAAGGCUAAAUUUAUUAUCCUAAUGUGUCACUCCUGGGGAGACAUCAGUUCCCUUAAAGCAUGUGGAGUUCCUCCUGUGACAACUGAUUUUCCAGGAAACUCCCUAGAGAAUUCUGUGGAUAUGCAUUAAUUAUUUAAGGGUAUGAUAUAUAUGGUAUGCAUACCAUGUAUACACAUUACCUGAGAUCAGAGUCAAUGUUGGAAACACAUACACACUUCAGUCUGUAAAUAUUCUUCCUCACUGAAACCUGUGCUUCAGAAACCAUUUCUCGUACAGCUGUGCAGUUUCUUGUAGCAGCUGAAGACAAGCUAAGGCAGGCAGCGAAUUUAGACUGAGAUCAGCUGAAAGAGUACAGUUUCUCCCUUGCAGCUCACAAGGACAGACAGCUAAGUGGCAAGGUUGACUCCCAAUGGGAUGGCAAACUUUUCUUCUUUUCAAAUUUGUGUUUCCUAAGUGUAUCUUAACUUCUGAGUGCACCAGGUUGUACCCAUUAGAUCCUUUUACUAUGACAAUUUUGUGCUUCUCUCUGACAGGAUGUUUCUCCAUCAAGCUGUAACGAAGGAUGGGAAGGGAGGGAGGGGGAAUUACUCCUUGCCUGGCUGGAGUUUACAGAGGCACUGCACAGCUUACACUCCUGUUAAGUGUAAAUAUUCAACACUUCCAUUCCAUUUGUGUAAAAAAAUAAAGCACACACGAUUAUAAAAUCA